AUGAAAGGACAUGGGGUAGAAGAUUUGUUUAACAGUUUAUACAGCUUUCUGGAAGAAGCAAAGUUGGAUAUAAAAUAUUGCCGAGGUCAGUCCUACGAUAAUGCUAGCAAUAUGGCAGGAAAAUAUUCAGGGUUACAGGCACGCAUUCGUGAGAAGAACCCAUUGGCUGAAUAUGUGCCAUAUUUAGCACACUCCCUUAAUUUAGUCGGUGCAUCAGCUGUAAACUGCGUGACAACAGUGAGUGGAUUUUUUGAUUUUGUACAAAACUUGUAUGUCUUUUUAAAUGCAUCAACCCAACGGUGGGAGCUUCUAACCAAAGGAUUGGAUAGUGACCAGUUAGUUCUAAAACGCCUUUCUGAUACUCGAUGGUCAGCACAUUCUGCAGCAACUAAAGCAUUGAGCAAAGGCUUUAAAAAUGUUAAGACAGUGUUAGAGAACAUUGCUGAGGACCCCGAGGAGAAGGUUGAAGCUCGCACUACAGCUGCAGGAAUUGCAAAGAAGAUGGAUCAGUUAGAAUAUGGAAUUUUAUUAGAACUCUGGACACCCAUAUUAGAUCGCUUUCAUAAGACCAGUUUAAAACUGCAAAGUCCACAACUUGAUCUAAAUGAGGCUGUUCAACUGUUAACUUCACUAAAAGAAUAUGUAAAUUCACUUCGAGCACAGUUUGAUUUCUUUGAGAAGAAAGGAAAGGAAAUAACAGGGUCAAAUUCUUAUAAAGAAGAGAAUCAGAGGAAACGAAAGCGAAGUGUUCAAUUAACCCGUCAUGAUGGAUCAGCUGAUGAAACAGUGUUUUCGGCAUAG